GCGUGAGUGGCGCCGCUGCUGCUGGCGCUGAGUUUAAAGAGUCUGCAGGAGGGCAGCACGAGCAAACUGUCGAUUCUCUCCGGAUCUCUGAAAGUCUGAAAGUCAGGGCCGAUGCCAAACAAAAGGCCUCUGCAGGAGCUGCAGAGUCUGCAGGGCUCCAGCAGGACGAAGCGGUCCAAGCCCCGGGGAGGCCUCGGCGAGGGCCUGGACUCGGAGUGCACCCCCACAUCCAGCUGCAUCCAGCUGUGGUCCCCUCCACACAAACAGCUCAAGAACACCAGCAAAGGGAAGGAGAACGAAGACGGCCAGUUCGUCCUGGGCAGGAGGUCCAGGAGGAGGAAGGAGUCCAGCGCAGGUCUUUCGUGGGACCACCUCCCGGACGAGCUGCUUCUCAGGGUCCUGCUGCACCUCCGCCUGCAGGACCUGGUCCGAGUGUCUGCGGUCUGCAUGCGGUGGCGUCGUUUGGCGUUCGACCGGUGUCUGUGGAGCAGUGUGGACCUGGAGGGCCUGGUCCACGCCGGCCCGGCGCUGCAGCAGGUGCUGAAGAUCGGCGUGAGUCGGCUGCGCUGCCCCCGCUGCUGCGUGGAGGAGCUGCGGCUCGCGGACGCCGGGCCGCUGCCCGUCACCCACAUGGAUCUGUCCAGCUCCAUCAUCCCCACCCCCGCCCUGGAGGGCGUCCUCCGCCGCUGCACGCUGCUGCAGUGUGUGAGUCUGGAGGGUCUGCAGCUGUCGGACUCCAUCAUGGCCUCCCUGGCCUCCAACCCGGGCCUGCUGCAGCUCAACCUGAGCGGCUGCUCCGGCUUCUCGGCCGCUCCGCUGGGCGCCAUGCUGAGGUCCUGCAGCAGCGUGACGCAGCUCAACGUGUCGUGGUGCCACUUCACCGCCGACCACGUGAAGAGCGUCGUGGACAACGUGACUCCGGCGGUGACUCGCCUCAACCUCAGCGGCUACAGAGAGAGUCUCAGUCUGGACGAUGUGAAGGUGCUGGUGGACAGAUGUCCACACAUCCAGACUCUGGAUCUGAGUGACUGCACCCUGCUGACUGCUGAGAGCUUCCCCGUCCUCAAACAGCUGCCGUCUCUGCAGCACCUGUCCCUGAGCCGCUGCUACCACAUCCACAUGGCUGCGCUCACAGACGUGGGCCGGACGUUCCCCUCGCUGGCCCUGCUGGACGUCUUCGGCCUGGGGCAGGACGCCCACCUGCCCGGCCUGAAGAAGCAGAUGCCCCACAUCGGGGUGAACUCCAGGCCCUUCUCCGGCGUGGCGCGGCCCACGCCGGCCGGCCGGCUGCCCGGCACGCCUGCCGACCGGGCCAUGUGGGGCGGCAGGUGCCGGCUCAGGUUCCGGCUGUAGCGGCGGCGCCGGAGGAAGAACGUUCGGAUCUGUUUUAGGUUCUAAUAAUGUGUUAAUUUAAAGGAUUGUGCUUGUGGAAGAAGGCGGUGGCGCGCCGGAUUCGUGAAGUCUGCUGGUGACCUUUUAGACGUGCAGCUCUCAGCUGUAAUAAUGACAGCCUUGGUUUUAAUCAGUGAGGUCUGAAGUUUCUCUGCUCUCCAGCAGGGGGCAGUGUUACAGCAA